CCAAUAUUUCUAAUUUCAGUAAAAUCAUUGGACAAUUCUCUCCCUUUUAGCCCUCUCUCUCUCUCUCUCUCUCUCUCUCUCUCUCCACACACAGCCACGGCCGAUAGCAGAGAAAAAGUGUCGCACAAUUUGCAAUGGCGAAUACUCCGACGCCAAUUCCAGCAAAGGGGAAAUGGUCCAACCUAUCAAAACACGCUUGUCGCUUGUAUUUCUUACUCAUCAUUCUUCAGGUGCCCCUUUUCAGGGUUCAGUGUAGAUCCGGCAUGUGUACAACACCCAUUCAGGUUACGUCUUCGCAGUUGAUUUCUAGUGAUGUAUUCCCUCUUCCAGUGGUUAAGGCUCUUCUCUAUCCUGGAGCUUUUGUAAAUGGCCUCAUAAGUAAUAUGACUGUUCCACGCUGGGAUAAUCUGCUGAGUGUGUAUAACCUGACUGGCAUAAAGGAGGCCUCAGCAGUAACAGACCUACAGCGUUUGGAGGUUCUUGCUGGAAGUUACUUCUGUGUGGCUGGUUCCCUAAUUGGUCUUGUAAAACCUGGGAGGAUGAGUAUGUUUGGAACUCUUCUAGUUAUUUGGGGUCUUGUAAAGGAAGGGAUUCUUGGAAAGCCAGUGAACACAGAUCCAACGAAAGCAGUAUUUGUCUACCCUACAAUGUUGCUAGCUCUGGUUUGUGCUUUCCUAUCAGUAAAAUACGAUAUUAAGAAGGUAGUCAGAAGUACUCCAGCUCAACCUGUUGCGAAACCUCUGAAGAGCUCUUCAAAAUCGAAGCUGAAAUGAUUCAGGGAUGCAACACUGAUACCAGCAUAGGAUGCCAUUUGCAUUAUUGUCGGUUUCUCACUUGAAGUUCAUUGGCUACUGAGUUGUGUUUGUUAAAGGAUCCAGCUGCUUGGCAUGUUAAUUACACCGGGAAAGAAACGAUAUGAAUACAGGAAAGAAUUUUUCUUGUAGUCCUUUUGCUUUGACAGAAUUAUGGGACUUGAAGUGUAAAUGUCAAAGAGUGAUUCUUCACUCUUUAAUUAAGUACUUUAUGAUGCAA